UCACUUUUCGGCCCUACAAGAAGAACCUCCCAUGUGCAUUUAAUUGUGUUUCUCCCAUCAAUUAGGCCCCCAUUCAGGAUGCUAAUCAAAGAAUUCCGAGUCACCUUGCCGCUCACCGUGGAGGAGUAUCAAGUUGCACAGCUCUUCUCCGUGGCGGAGGCGUCGAAGAACGAGACGGGCGGCGGCGAGGGAAUCGAAGUGCUCAAGAACGAACCCUUCACCAACCAUCCGCUGCUGGGCGGGCGGUACAGUUCCGGACAGUAUACGUAUAAAAUCUACCACUUAGCGUCAAAAGUGCCAGCCUUCAUCCGACUACUGGCGCCCAAGGGAUCGCUGGAGAUCCACGAGGAGGCUUGGAAUGCCUAUCCCUACUGUCGAACAGUCAUUACCAAUCCAGGAUACAUGAAAGAGAACUUUGUGAUUUGCAUCGAGUCUCUCCAUGUCGGUGACGUGGGUAAUCAGCACAACGUUCACGAAUUGCCGCCGGAGAAGCUGAAAACGCGCGACGUUGUGCACAUUGAUAUCGCCAAUGAUUCCGUGUCUUCGGCGGACUACAAACCGUCUGAGGAUCCGACAAAGUUCAAGUCGGAGAAGACGGGGCGUGGGCCGCUCGUAGGUCCGGACUGGAUGAAGAAGGUGGAUCCUGUGAUGACGUGCUAUAAGCUGGUCACGUGCGAGUUCAAAUGGUUCGGACUCCAGUCAAGGAUAGAGAAUUUCAUCCAGAAGUCCGAGCGACGACUCUUCACAACUUUCCAUCGACAAGUGUUCUGCUGGAUGGAUCGCUGGCAUGGAUUGACAAUGGAGGACAUUCGUGCCAUUGAGGAUAAAACCAAAGAGGAGUUGGACAAGCAGCGUCACGUUGGCGAAGUGCGAGGCAUGAAAGCUGAAACGGACUAAAGUGGCCACGACAGAAUUGUACAGAAAGAGAGAGAGAGAGAGAGAGAGAGAGAAGGUGAAGAAAAGGCGAAGAAAGUUUCCAUGGAUGGCGAAUGGCUGAAGAAGAGAAAAAUCUUGCUGCAAUUGAGGGGAGAAAUUGAAGAAAAAGAAAACAAAUUAAAGGAAGAUGAAGAAGAAAACAUUGUAUUAACAUUUAACAACAAAAUGAGAAAACUAUAAUUGUUAAUUAGUUCUACAGGCUGAUUUAGAUGAAAGAGAAAAAAAAAAGUAAUUAUGAACUCAGUAAUUGAAAUCAGUGACAAACAAAAUAGCCAGUGAGAGUGAUGAAAUGACGAUAUUUGGGAAGAGAAUGAAGCUCUGAGUUUUUCCAUCCUUUCACGUCCUCAUUUUAAUCACACACGCAAACUCACACUUUUUGCUCCGUUCUCAAGAGUAAAAUAGAAGAAUUAUAAUAAAAUCGGAAGAAAUACAUGCAAAUGAGGCACAAUUACAAACCUUCAAAGCUGUCCAACAAUAAAAAAUGACAAACUAUUUUAGCUGAGAAAGAGGGAAAAGCAGUAAAUGUAAUAGAGAAAGUCAGUUUAAUAGCAAUUAACGAGCGAAAAAAAAAAUACAAAAAAGGUAGAUGGCUAAAAUGUAAAUUAUAAAGAAUAUUAAAAAAAAAUAUUGCAUAGGAAGAACAAUAAUUAGCAAAGUGGGUCAUUUUCCUGGAAAACAUUACACACAUUUUGUCCUGUUGAUUUUCUCUUGUGGGUUAAAAGGAGGAGAAGACGAAGAGGCAUUGAAAAGGGUGAAAAGAUGCGCAUGACGGCGUUUUCUUGCCAGUGAAAGAGAAGUCUUUAAUUUUUUUGUUAAUCAUCUGCAAAAGAGCUUUUCUUUCCAUCAUCUUCGUUGACAAAACCACCGCGCAGGGGGAAAAAAAGAGCGCAUUUUGAGGUUUUUAGCAAAUUGAAAAAGAGAAACAAAUAAACAUAGAAAAAAGAACUAAUUUAGCACAGCCAUUGACGAGAGAGAGAGAUAGAGAG